CAAUUAAUGAAUCGUGUUUAUUCAUUAGCAUAUCAUCUACAACAACAGCAUGAAAUAAACUCCAAUCAGCCUAUUGCUAUUGUCAUGAAAAAAGGUUGGGAACAGAUUGUGGCUUGUUUAGCUAUCUUAGUUUCAGGUGGUGCUUAUUUACCUUUGGAUGUUGAUUCACCCUAUGAUCGUCUUUGUUCAUUAAUCGAAGAAACUAAUAUUCAUAUUGUUCUCACACAAUCUCAUUGUCAACAUAGAUUUUCACAUCUCACAACUAUUUCAGUUGAUACAUUCACAACUAAUGAUAAUUAUCCAACACCAUUUCCUAUCAAACAACAAUUGUCAACUGAUUUAGCAUAUGUUAUUUAUACAUCUGGAUCAACUGGAAAACCCAAAGGUGUUAUGAUUAGUCAUCAAGCUAUUCUAAAUACUAUUUUAGAUAUGAAUUCAAGAUUAGAAAUCUCAACUAAUGAUAGAAUAUUUGCAUUAUCACAUUUAAAUUUUGAUUUAUCUGUUUAUGAUAUAUUUGGAAUAUUGAUUGGUGGUGGAACUAUAGUAAUUCCAAAUCAUGAAGAUUAUAAAAAUCCUCAACAUUGGUAUGAUAUGAUAAUUAAACAUCAUGUCACUAUAUGGAAUAGUGUUCCAAUGUUAAUGCAAAUGUUUAUUGAACAUCUCAAACAUACAAAUAAUCGUAAUAAUCAAUUACGACAUAUCUUAUUAAGUGGUGAUUGGAUACCAUUACCUUUACCUGAAUCAAUACAAGUAACAUUCGGUGAACAAGUAACAAUAACUAGCUUAGGUGGUGCAACAGAAGCAUCUAUUUGGUCGAUUGCCUAUACUCUACCAAAAGUAAUACCACGAGAAUGGAAAUCAAUUCCUUAUGGAAUACCAUUAAGAAAUCAACAAUAUUAUGUUUACGGUAUACAUCUUGAUGAUUGUCCUGAAUGGGUCCUUGGUGAAUUAUAUAUUGGUGGUGAAGGUUUAGCUAAUGGCUAUUGGAAUGAUCAAGAAAAAACACAAUCAAGUUUUAUUAUUCAUCCAUUAACUAAUGAACGUCUUUAUCGAACAGGUGAUUAUGGUCGAUUUCUACCGAAUGGAUAUAUUGAAUUUAUGGGACGAAAAGAUUUGCAAGUAAAAGUACUUGGUCAUCGUAUUGAACUUGGUGAAAUUGAACAUCAUUUACAACAACAUCCAGAUAUCCAUCAAGCUAUUGUUAAUAUGGAUGACAAAUCCCAGCAGUUAAUUGGAUAUGUUAUGCAAGAAAAACAUUCUAUUCAUAAUGAAGAAUAUGAUUCAACAGAAGUGUUAAUUGCUGAUCCUAUUGAACGUAUGAAUUUUAAGCUUGCAAGACAUAGUAUAAGACAUCAAAAGAAGAUAGAACAGAGCUUUGCUCUAACAAAACCCAAGCUUACAGAAACAUUAAUCAGUACAUAUUAUAUGAGAAAAAGCUAUCGACAAUUUACAAAUGAAAUUAUUGAAAGAUCUACUAUCGAACAAUUGUUAAAAAACUGUCACAAUAGCAAUAAUAACGAGAAAAUAUCUUUGUCUCACCUCAAUUUUGAUAUUCUUAGUCAAUUAUUAGCAGUAUUAACACCGAUCAAUAUUUUUGAUCAGCCCUUACCGAAAUAUCAUUAUGCAUCAAUUGAUGAUCUUUAUCCAGUACAGGUAUACGUUGAAUUACCAACAUCUUUAGACAAUAUUUUGCCAGGUGUUUACUACCAUAAUCCAGAUAAGCAUAUUCUAGAACUAAUUAGUACUCAUAUCAAUAAUGAUAUGAUAAAUAUAACAUUACAUCUUGUUGGACGAUCAUCAGCAAUUGCACCGUUAUAUGGAAAAACAUUAGGUUCUCAAUUUUGUAUGCUAGAAACAGGAUAUGUUAUGGAAUUAUUGGAAAAAGAAGGGUCACGAUUGGGAUUGACAUUUUCGAAAAAUGCUCAUAACGAAUCUAUAAUUCGAGGUAUUUUGAAUAUAGAUGAAGAUGAUACACAUUAUUGUUUCAAAAUUUCAUCAUUUGAGGAAAAUAUUUCUAAUAAUGUCCAAAAUAACAAUUAUCAAUGUAUUAUUUAUCUAAAACCGGUCAAUAGUAACAAAGCCCAAUGGUUUAUUUAUAACAAAGAAAAUGAUACUGUUACAUCUUUUAAUAUCGAAACUAAUACUACACAAGAGGAAACACUACUGUUCUUUGAUGACGACGAUGAUACGAAGAUUAUAUUUCAUGAUUGUCAAUGUGCAAUCUUCUUCAUCGGACGAUCAGAAUGCACAGUGAAUAUAGGAAAGAUGUCACAUUUAUUAUUGGAUCAUUGUCUAGAAAUGAAUAUUGGUAUGUGUCCAAUUGGUACUCGUACGAGUUUUCCAAAAAAAAUUAAUGAUGUAUUAGAUACUAUUCUUAUUCAUGAAAAAUUAAAUGGAAGUAACAUAUUACAUACAUUACUUAUUGGAAAGAUUAGUAAUAGACAAAAAUAUGAACGCACUAUUUCAAAAGUAAAAUCAAUGCCAAGUUGGAGUGAAACAUUACGAAUAUACCUAAGAAAAAAUCUUCCAAUGUAUAUGAUACCAUCACAUUUCAUAAAUGUUUCAUCAUUUCCGCUAAGUCCAAAUGGUAAAAUUGAUCGAAAAGCUCUACCAAAAAUAUCACUACCAGUGCUUCAACAAGAAGAUACCUAUACUACACCAAAUACUGAAUUCGAAAAGAUGAUUGCGAAUAUUUGGCAAGAAAUAUUAUACACAGAUCGACUUAUUAUACAACUUGAUGAUCCAACUAAAAUCGUCUCUGGUAUUGACAGACAAACAUCUUUUCUUAUAUCUACUACAGCUAGUUUCUUCAGUGUCGGUGGCAAUUCUCUUUUACUUGUUAAGAUCUAUCAACGUUAUCAAUCAAAAUUUAAUUUCGAAUCAGAAGCACUGAGUAUUCGAUCAUUUUUUGACUAUAACACCAUAGUAGAACAUGCUAAACUACUUGAACCAAUCAUCAUCGAUGGUGCACAACUAAAACAAUGGCAUACAUUGCAUAUUAAUGAAGGUAUCGCGUCGUAUGCUCAAGAACGCAUAUUUCUUGAUGAACAACUUCGUUUUUCUCAUCAAAUUGCCAUUUACAAUGAGCUGAUGGUUCUAAGAGUUACAAAAGAAUUAUUAUCAGUGAAUCGUUUAUUACAAGCUCUUCGCUAUAUCCUAAGUAAACAUAAGAUAUUAAGAACUUCUCUAGUUUUCAAUGCUGAGGAUAGUAUUUUAAAACAAUCUAUUACUGAUAAACAUCUAACAUUUACAUUGACUGCCGAGCAAACAUUCAAAAGUGAAACUGAACUUCACAACAUUAUCUCACAAAUAAAUACUAAUCCUAAUCUGUUUGAUUUAUCCAGUGGUCGUGUUUUUUAUUGUCAAAUUCUCAGCCAACAGAUGACAUCUGAUGAAAAUCAUAAUAAAGACAUGAUUACAAAACCUGAUGUUCUUGUGAUCGGCUUUCAUCAUGCUGCAAUAGAUCAAUUAACUUUUUCAAUUUUUUUAAAUGAUCUAUGUAAUACUUACAAUAGUAACAUCGCGUGGUUAGAUAAUGAUGAAUCAUUACAAUAUAUUGAUUAUAGUAUUCAUGAACGUCUAAUCGAUAUGACACCGUCACGCGAGUUUUGGCGUUCUCAACUAAAUGGAUUCAAUCAAGAAUGUCGAUUGUUACUACCAGUUGAUAGACAUUGCUUACAGAGCGAUCAAAGAUCUGGAUAUGCUUCCAUUGCUCAUAUCUCAUUUAAUAAUGAAGUUUCGAUGUCAUUUCUCGAUUAUGCAUCGUCACAUCAAGUCACACCAUUUCAGCUAGGCCUAGCUGUAUUCUAUACAUUUCUUUUCAAGCUAACUUAUAGACAAAAUGAUUUAUGUAUUUCUUGUCAUAAUGCAAACCGAUACAGACCUGAAUUACAGACUAUGAUUGGGAUGUUUGUUUCAACAUUACCAUAUCGCAUCCAAGUUGAUUCUGACUGGUCAUCCGAUGAACUUGUUGGACAUGUUCGAGAAAAAUGUUUAUCGAUUCUUGAACAUUCUCAUUAUCCACUUCAGCGUAUUCUUCAUGAUUUUCAUCUUAAUCAAUCAACUGUUCCUUUUCUUCAAACAGUUUUUGAUUUCAUUACUGAAUCUUCAGUUAACGAUCAGUUGACUUUCGAUGAUGUUAGUUUACAGCGAAUAUCUUUAAAACAGGUUUCUGAAGUGGCUAAAUUUGAUUUUACGUUAAAAUUCAUUUACAAUCCAAUCUCGGAUGACAACAUGUUGUCAUGUCGUUUUAUUUGUUCACGUGAUCUAUUUGAAGAUACGACACUUACAAAAAUGAUACAAAGAUUUCAAUAUCUUCUUGAACAACUUUUUUCAAUGGAUUCCAACGUCAAUCAGAUUGAUUUAGUAGUUUCACCUAUUGCCAAACUUACUCUUAUCUUACCAGAUGAAAUGAAUGAAAUGCAAAACGUAGCUUUUUACCGUCAAUCAAAUGUGACGAAUGAAGCACCAGCAUCAUUUGCACAAGCUCGUAUAUGGCUUGAUGAACGGAUUCGAUUUGAUCCAGACAAGCCACAAGUGGCAAUAUACAACAUGCCUUUUGUUUAUCGUCUUCAUUCAGAUCAUACAUUAUCGAUCAAACAACUUCGUCAUGCUCUUCAUCUGACCGUUGACAAACAUCCCUCACUUCAUACAUCACUUCAUUUUGACAUCCAAAAGAAUCUACUUAUGCAACGAAUUAUUACUGAUGAAGAUAAAAAUAAUAAGAAUAAUAUGUUUUCAAUCAUCAAAACUGCUUAUGAAACAGAUGAGCAAUUAAAUGAGAUUUUACACGACGAGAAACGUAAUCCCCAACUUUUUGAUCUUGCUCAGGGUCUUGUCUUUCGAUGUCAUAUUAUUUAUUACAAACAAAUCUCUCCAAAUCAUCUUCUUUCUCACAAAGAUCUACUGAUUUUCAACUUCCAUCAUGCUCUAUUUGAUUUUCCAUCAAUGAAUAUCUUUCUUCAUGA